UGUGUCAGCGUGUGUCUGUCUGUCAGUCCGUCACACUUUUCUGGAUCCUGCGAUAACUUUAAAAGUUUUUCAUAUUUUUCCAUGAAACUUUAAACAUGGAUAGAUGGCAAUAUGGACAUUAUGCACGUCAUUUCAUUUUGUUCCUACGUCAAGAAUUCUGGUUGCUAUGGAAACAAAUAAAAAAUAUAUAAAUGGUGGAGUUUCACAGGCUUGUACACACACUGCAGUACGGUCAACAACAGAGAGAUGGAAGAGGAGACCACAUUUCAAGCUGACACAUCAAUUAUACCAGUUCCACACGGGCCAACAAACUAUCACACCCCAGACCAGCAACUCGGUGUGGGUGACGUGUUUGGUAAUGGUCCUGAUAUUGUGGCUACAGAGAUACGAAGAAGGACGCACAGUGCACAUUUCGAUGUCUCCGGCGACCACUCGCAAUAUAAGAGGUCUGUCUCAGGGGACCAUUCCCACUACGGGGGAUCUCAAGAGCAGAGAAUGGAGGACAACUAUGUGAUCAUCACACCGGAGAACGCAAUAGAAGCACAGCGCAUGAUCAAUAACCACAAGUUUGGCUUCAAGAAAUGGAAAAGUCAUGUGACCUUUAGGCCCUUGUCACAAAGGUCGGAUGUAGUAAAGGAUCUGUAUGCUGAUAUAGCCUCAACUAAACCAGUAAGAGUGUCCACAUGUGGGCCCUCCAACUGUCUGUACGUGCUGCUGGUAGGUUGGUGGCUGUCUCUCCUCUACCUUCUGAUGGCCGCCAUCAUGACAGCCACAGUAAUCGGCCUUCCUUACGCGUCCUAUUGCCUGAAGAUGUCAAAAUACUUCCUGUGGCCGUUUGGGAAAUUUGUUUAUUUGUCCCACUCCUGUACGCUUGCGAAACUACAAGAAUCUCCAUUACAAGAACACACACGGUCAACCGCUGAGUCUACUGAGACCUCCAGUCUCCUUGGGUCUCCCACUAUUCAGAAGAAAUAUAAAGUGUGCAGCAAGACAUUCUGGGGUCGCCUCUGCUCCUACCCCUGGCUUCUAUUUGGUGGUCCAGUUCUAUUAAUAGCACACAUUGCAGUGGCUGCUGUGUCAUGGUUCUUUGUGGUCACCAUUCCAAUCAGCAAGGUGAAUCAGAGGAUGAUCACACAUGUUCUGUGGUUGCCGCCUGAGGAAGUCAGCAUCGGUGAUUCUGGAAGUUCAUAUAUGGAGCCCGAGAGAAUACAUAGUGAGAUCAUCAUGUUCACACACCAGUCUGUGAAUGUCUACUACUUCAAGUACACUGUCGACGGUAUGAACAUCAUCCUUGUCAAUCUAUUAGUGUUUGUUAUCCUGGCUCUGGUCAUAGGUUAUACUAAACCACCAAAUGUCAGUGGAGUUGUUAUAUGUAUUUUAGCAGUUUUAGCCGUUAUACCUUUGACAUACUAUAUUGGAAUGGCUAUAAUAAGUAUCUCUGCACAGAGCAGUUUUGCUAUUGGUGUUGUGCUGAAUGCCACCUUUGGGUCGGUGGUAGAGAUUAUCCUGUACGUAAUCAGUAUGCGGCAGGCACAGCUACCCAACGGCUCAUUCCAACCAUGUUAUGCGGAGCUGGUGAAAUCAGCUCUUGCUGGCACCCUGAUUGGAUCCAUUCUGUUUAUACCUGGACUGUGCAUGGUGGUGGGAGGCAUAAAGUAUACAUCACAGAGGUUCAACCCGAAAGCUGCCAGUGUUACUGCGCUUCUGUUGUUUGUUGCUAUCUUGGGUGUGUUUUCGCCAUCAUUUUUCUCCAAGAUAUUUGGUGAUUUGCAGUGUGAUAGAUGUGAGAUGAACACUACCCGAGACACAAACACCACCUACGGUCUCCAGUGCUCAGGAUGUAAACAGUCUUUGGAAGGGCUAGACGGUGACAACUCCCUGUAUGACAAGCACAUUGAGCCUCUUGUCUACGCCAUAGCUAUUGUGCUGCCUAUUGCCUACAUCACUGGCGUGCUCUUCACGCUCAAGACCCACACCUCCUAUGUGUACGAUGAAUUCUACCAGCAGGUGUCUUUUGAUGAAAGCAGUGGCCCAGGAGCUCCCCAGUGGUCAAGGCUGAAGGGUGUGGUCAUUCUCAUUGGGAGUGCUGUGCUGAUCGCCCUUUGUGGGGACCUCAUUGCAGAUAAUAUUCAGACAUUCCUACGGUCUUCUGGAAUCUCUGAGUACUUCAUAGGUGUGACGAUGAUAGGCAUGGUCCCUGAACUGCCAGAAAUAGUCAAUGGGGUUCAGUUUGCUUUACAGAACAAUGUCAACUUGGGCAUAGAGAUUGGAACCAGUACAGCUAUUCAAGUUUGCCUCAUUCAAGUACCCAUACUAGUGCUGAUCAACCUUAUUUUUCCAAUGAACUUCCUGUUGACCUUUAAUGAUGUUCAUGUGUGGGCGGUGGUGUUUGCAGUGAUUGUCAUUAACUACAUAUUCCAGGACGGAAAGAGUGACUAUUUCCAGGGUGCAGCUCUUGUGUCCAUUUACAUCAUACUGCUAUGUGUGUACUUCUUCAUGCCUGUUCCCACAACAGCUGUGUGUUAGCUGGCUAUAAGAUGUUGGUGGCAUUUCUGUCACUCUGUGGUACAUUUGUAUAUGUUAUUUGUGUGCCUAUCCGCAAGACUGCUUGGUGUUGACUGACAUUAAUUGUAUUAUGGUGGUUUUGUUGUGUAAGUGUUGAGAAUUCUUACAUAGCAAACAUGCAAUAAAGACCAGUUAUUAAAAGUGCUAACACACUGUUAGAUCAGGCUUAGUGUUUGUUUCUAUUACAUAUGUCUGUUACCAACUCAAAACUGAAAUGUGAACUGAAAUAUAAGUUCAUUAUAUAUUUAAAAAGGGAUAUUAUUAACAUGAAUGAAUACUUAUUGAUCAAUGCCUGAUUUGACCCCCCCCCCCCACAAAAAAAAUAAAUACAGAUGUAUAUAUUUAAAAACAAAAAACAAACAUUGCCUACAUCCUUUAGUCCUUUUCGAGAUAAAUGAAUACAGCCUAUAGGUUGUAAACUGCUCAGUAUAUGGUAAGUUUUACUACACAAUGACUCAAACGUUGGUCAAGUUAAAAAUAGGCAUUGAUUACCAUCUUGCAGAAUUUCAAGAUUAAUCAUCUCUUGGAAGCUAUAAAUAAACGCCUGUAUGCUGAUAACACUUACUUGUAUUUAAAUGGCACGUAAAAGUAUCGUCAAAAAACUGUUUACAUUGCAUUGAGAUUGCAUAGAGAUUGAUGUUAAAAUACUGUAAACAUUACAUUGGAAUUGAUGUGAGAAUCCUGUUUACAGUGCGUUAAGAUUGAUGUUAAAAUAAUUUUUACAUUUCGUUGAGAUUGAUGGUAAAAUACUGUGUACAUUGCGUUGAGAUUGAUGUUAAAAUACUGUUUACAGUGCAUGGAGAUGGUUGUUAACAAGUGUUAAAUUGCAUUGUGAUUGAUGUUAGAACACUGUUUACAGUGCAUUGAGAUUGUUGUUAUAAUACUGUUUACAUCACAUUGUGAUUGAUGUUGAUAUUGUGCAGUGAGAUUGUUGUUGAAAUACUGUUUACAACCAUUGAGAUUGUGUCAUUUCUAAGUAGAAAAAUGAUGGAACACCUGUCUGUAAAUUACAUUUAUUUGGAUUGUGGAAAAAACACAAUCACAAUAGUAUUUUGUCAUCAUGAAAAUCAUCUAAUUAUCCAAACACAUGUUAUUUAUUUUAUAGACAAGUGCAAUAAUGUGAGAUGUACCAUGACCGAUCGUGUAUACUUAAGUUAAGCAUUAUUACUUUUUAACUAUCUGUAAUUGUAUAUAAUUGUCUUAAAUAAAUUAUCAUGUUCACAAUAAAUGUUAUAUAUUGUUUUAAAGAUAAUUUCUUUUUUUAAAUUACAUAUACAUUAUUUCAUUUCGAUGAUAGUUGUUUGCUUUUUGGGAAAUACCAAGAAAUAUUUUCUCAGCAUUGAGAUCAAUGGAGAGCAGUUCAAGAUAUGCAUUGAAACUCUAUCAAAGCAAAUUGAAAAUUUUAAAAAGUAAUACCUACUCAGAAAAUGGGGAAGAACAAUAAUAUUAUUCUAAUCUCAA